AUGGUCUUUCAUAGCACUAUUCAAAAACCUUGCGAAUUGAAUGAUCAACUUCCACUCUCCCACAUGAUCAUUCAAAAAUGUCGGGAGCAUGGUGAUCGUGUGGCCAUGAUCGAUGGAACAGCAUCCUCUCCCAACGCACCUUUCAGUUCUCUCACCUUUUCUCAAAUGGCCAAUUUGAUGAUUACCAUUGGUAAUAACUUGGUGGAUGAUUAUCAAGUCGAAAAGGGUCAAGUAUUGGCUCUCUUACUUCCAAAUAUGCCCUUGUUCCCAUGUAUUUUCCAUGGAGUGGGUUAUAUUGGUGGAAUUUGUACUACUUUGAAUCCAUUAUAUUCUGUGGAGGAAAUGCAAAGUCAAUUGCAAGACUCCAAUGCCAUCAUGAUGGUUACGGUUCAACCCUUAUUGGAAAAGGCUUUGAAAUCAGUGGAAGGAACUGGUGUGAAGAAGAUUUUUGUGUUGGGAUUGAGCUCGGAGCAACAAUCAAUGAAAGAAGAUGUUGGUUGUCAAGUGUUGGAUGCCAAACUCUUGUUGAAAACUCCAAAAAGUACUGAAAUGAUUUAUGAUCGCAAGAUUGUUCCCAAGGAAGAUCUUGUGGUAUUGCCUUAUUCUUCUGGAACGACUGGAUUGUGCAAGGGUGUUUGUCUCACACAUUACAACCUUGUGAGUAACAUUCUCCAAAUUGGUGUUGAAUUGGAACCUCUUACGACCAAUGAUGUCAUUAUUGCUGUCUUGCCCUUCUUUCAUAUUUAUGGAUUAACAGUAUUGUGUAAUAAGGCUCUCUAUGAAGGGGCCAAAGCAGUGACAAUGGCUAAAUUUGAUUUGGAAACAUUCCUUAAACUCAUUCAAGAACAUAAAAUUACUCGAGUUCAUUUAGCUCCACCUAUUAUUCUGGCAUUGGCCAAACAUCCCAUUGUGGACAAGUAUGAUUUGAGUUCACUCAAAGUCAUCUUGUCUGGAGCUGCACCACUUUCGGGAGAUGUAGCCAAAUUGGUGAGAGAACGUUUGAAGCUUGUCGUGAAGCAGGGCUAUGGAUUGACCGAGUCUUCACCUGUAUUGAGUGUCUGUGGUGAUACUCCAGAACGUAUCAAGGAUGGAUCUGCUGGACUCUUACUCAAUCAUACCACUCUCAAAAUUGUUGACACUGAAACUGGUGAAGAAAUUACUGAAUAUGGUAAACCAGGAGAACUUUGCUUUGGUGGACCUCAAAUCAUGAAAGGUUAUCUCAAUAACGAUGAAGCUACCAAUAACACUCUCAAAGAUGGUUACCUUCACACUGGAGAUAUUGGCUACAUUGACCAAGAGGGAUUUAUUUUCAUUGUCGAUCGUCUCAAAGAACUCAUCAAAUACAAUGGUCAUCAAGUCCCUCCAUGUGAAUUGGAAGGUGUUCUUUGUAAACACCCAAAAAUUCUUGAUGCUGCCGUAAUUGGAGUUCCCAAUGAAGAGACUGGAGAAUUACCAAAGGCUUUUGUAGUAUUGAGACCGAAUGAGAGUAUGACUGAGGAAGAAGUGAUGCAUUAUGUGGCUGAACAUGUGUCACCUGUGAGAAAGGUUCGAUUGGUAGAAUUUGUGGCUGAAAUUCCAAAGAGUAUUAGUGGAAAGAUUUUGAGAAGAAUUUUGAAGGCACGUGAAUUGGAAAAGUUGAAACAAUAG